AAGAGAAGAUGCUUAAUCAAUCAAAAUAUUCUCCAGUAUCCAUUUAUUAAUAUAUUUCAGAUAAAUUCAUCAAGAUAUCAAAAAUCAAUUGAUAAUCUUGGUUUUAGUAAUUCUUAAGUCACUACCUAGAUGAAUAAACGACAAUUGACAGAAUUCAGAAAGGAAGUUAGAAAUAAUAUUUUAAAUCGUGAACCAUUCAAAGAACAUCAAGAUAAACCAAAUAUUUAUUUUGGGAAUUGGGGAUAAACUGAUAGAACAAUUCUAAAUAAUUCUUAAUAUUUUAGUGAACCAUUAAGUUAAAAAAGGUAACCAACAAGCAAAAUCUCUGGAGGUUUAAAUUUUAAUGAAAUAUUGUAAUAUAUUUUUAUAUAUUUCUAGUUCUAAUAAACGAUUUGAAAACUAAUCUAAAGCAAUUUCUUCAAAUAAAAUAAAAUAAGUUGAAAAAGCACCUUUAAUUUAAAAUAAAUUUGAUUCUUUUUUUGAUAAUUCCUUUACUAAACCUUCCAGAAUUAAUAAUACAUUAGGAUCUGGAUAUAAAGAAUCUCCAUAAAAAUCAUAAAUAAGAUUAGAAAGAUUUAAAAGUUGGGAUACUAAAUUAGAUGUUCAAUUAAAAUUAUAAAAUAAAUCCAUUACAAAUAAAAUUGGAGAAUAACCAUCAAUUUAUAAAUAACUUAAUGAAGUAAAAUAAGGAGGGUUUACUUCUAUUUAUACUCCUACACUUUCUGUGAAAAACAGAAACAAUGUUAGGGACUAUAAUUAAUUUUAAGAUAUUUGUAAUUUAACUCCAAAAUAAAAUCUGUUGCAAUCUCCUUAGUUUACAAAUAAAAAAAUAGAAAAAAUUCCAUUAACAGAUGUUGUGAGAAUGACAUCACAUUUUUCUUCAUUAUCCACACAAGAAAUAAAAAAAGUUUCUUCUGGAUACUUUUAAGAAUUAAUAAACUUAUAAUAAUCGUUGUAAAGAAUGAUUAGACUAGGUACAAAUAUAUAUUGA